CAGGAGCAGGUGGGCGUGAGCGAAGGAUUAGCGUCAGCUCGGGCUCUAUUGAAUCGGACGCUGAUAUCUUUUUAUUAUAAUUACAGAAUAACGCACUACUGUCGCAAUGGUGUCGCACUCGCUGGCUUUACCGAUGAUCUGCUUCACCACGCUGUGGGGUCUGGUCGGGGUUGUGGCCCCGUUUUUUGUACCGAAAGGACCAAACAGAGGAGUCAUCAUAACCAGUUUGGUGCUGACCGCAGUUUGCUGCUAUCUAUUCUGGUUAAUAGCAAUACUGGCCCAAACAAACCCUCUGUUUGGACCUCAGCUUAAAAACGAGACCAUAUGGUAUCUGCGCUACUUCUGGGAGUAGAUGGAGGUGUCAUCAGGAAGAUUAAGAUCACUAUCAUAAUCAAUAAAACCCACAAAACAGUUAAGGAUCGCCUCCAAGGGAACAAUAUUUGUGUUAUGAAACCAGUUUAAUGACUUCUUCAAUUACAAAAAGAAUGUGUUACUUUAUGUAACAUAAUAACUAGAACAUUUGGAAAUGUACAAAAGAAGUGUAAUAGUGAUAUUCUUGUGAUGUUUAAAGAAUUAUAAGGAAAUCAGUUUGUGUGCUUCGGAUGUCUGAGAGCUGAGUACUGUAUAUGAGUAAAUGCUUUUGUUUGUUUUGUUUUGCAUUAAGGCACAAGUUAGUCUAUUUUUAUUACGUUGUCCUCACUUGCAUGUGACACUGUAUCCAUGUUUACUUGAUAAAAUUAUUCUUUUUUAUUUAUAAAUGUGAUAGAUGUGCUCUCUGUGUUUUAUGUCAUCGUGUGUAGAUUUUUGAAGCUGUUCUACAUGAAAACGAAGGAAAUAAAGUGAGUUUUGAUGU